GUAGUUGAUGUUAGUGUUGCUUACAAUCAAAACCUCUUUGAUCCAGGCUCACAAAGGCCAACGUCAUGGCUUCGAGGUAGACAUAUUAACAGACAAGGUGAAAUGCAAAAUGAUGCAAGAAGAAAAAGAAUUCCUAAAAUUCGUUUGUUCGGUGUUGGAUACGAACGCAUUUGAACUUGUUGUGAGAAAUGGAAAUGACCAGAUCAGCUUGCGAGGCUUAUACCCUCUUGGAAGUCUAGCGAAUCAUAGAUGCUUUCCUAAUACAUUUCACGUAUUUGACCAUGAACAGAGGAUGGUUACUAAAGCAUCAGUUUUCAUAGGAAAAGAUGAAGAGAUAUUUCAUUCUUACACGAAGAUAUUAUGGGGCAGUUCCAGCAGGCUGCUUCAUUUGAAAGCAACCAAACACUUUGUUUGCAAGUGUGAAAGGUGUUCGGAUCCAACUGAAUUCGGUACCUACAUGAACGCUGUAAGCUGUGACCGGUGCAAGGGCAACGUGUUACCAAUUAUCCCUCAAAAAAGCUGCGACUGGAGAUGUGAAGACUGCAUGAGAAUUGUUCCAUUGAAAGAAGUAGGAAAGACGUUGACGUUGAUCGGUUCAGUUUUGAAAAGCUUCAGGAUCUGCAAUUUCGACGUCAUGAACUCAUUUCUACGAGGAAAGUUGAGUCACAUGGUACCGGAUAGCAAUCAGGCGGUUUUGGAUUUGAAGUGUAAAAUUAUUUGGUUUCUGGGACACGCGCCUGGAUUUGAAUGGAAUGAAUUGCCAUUGGAGAUCCUAAACUUGAAAAAGAGUUUUUGUUGUGAUAUUUUAUUGGUGCUACAAAAAUUAAAAGUUGGAAUGUGCGAGAUAAGAGGGCUCCUACUGUACGAAAUGUACUUAUGCAUCGAAGAAAUAAACAAAAGAAAAUCUGAUACUAAUGAAAAAGAUGGCAUAAACUAUCUGAAAGAGGCUUGUGAUAUUUUGAAAUUUGACGCAAGUGCGCCAGAGCAAAUUAGAACUGGGAUAUCAGAUAUUAAUGGAAAUAAAAAUAAAUUAGAUACAUAAAUACAAAUGAAAUAAAAAAAUAUGAUGAAACGUUUAUUU